AUGGCUUUAGAUCUCAGAAAAUCAUGUGCCUAUGAACCCUGCUCAAACAAUCUCAAAGCAGAAAACAUGGAGCUUAAUUCAAGCCAAGAUUCAGCCAUCACAGAACGAGAGACUUCUGAGUUCUCAGGCAUUGAGCUCAACUCAUUUCAGUACAGCCAAAACUCAAGUGCAAAAAAGGAAAUACAAAGACUCUAUGAGAUGUUUCAUUCAUGGCUGCAGACGCAAAAGCGUAGCAAGGAAGAGAUUGUGGCUCAGUUAGCUGUGGAGCAGUUUAUGCUCAGUGGCCACUGCAGGGACAAGGCUAUGCUGAGGAGGAGAUGGGAAUCAAGUGGUAAAGAGCUGGAGAAAUUCAUGGAAGACCUUCCAGAUGACUGUAUGAAGCCACCUGAGUUGGUCCAUGUCUGUAUGCAGGGACAAAAUGCUCUCUUUUCUGAGGAUAUGCCCCUAAAGGAAGUCAUUGCUCAUUUCACAAGAAAAUUUUCGGUGAAAACCUUAAUGAAUGAGAAUAUACAGCCACCAUUCCAGGCUUCCCAGAAUACUGCUGGGGAAACAAGACGAGGAAGUGCACUUGAAGAAGGUAGAGACAACAGUUCUUGGGAAAUACCACCAGUAAAUGACAAUGGUCCUAAUCCAAGGAAUAAAAUAGUUUCCAUGCUCAUUAUCCCUGAACACAAUGGUUCUAGCCCUGAAGAGGAGUGUGAUUCUUGGGAAAAUGCACACACUACCAGAAGAGCAAUGCUAGGUACAUGUAGGUUGCUGGAAGAGCCCCACAAGAGUUACCAACAUGUUCCUGUGGAUGUGGGCCAAGAACCAUCUUCUGGAUCAGUCCAGCCCUUGUCUGAGCCUGUCCCUAAUCAUCAUAGCAAUGAAGGAACCCCUAAGCAAGUACUUUUUAAGGAUGUGUGUUCAGGAUCUUCCUUGGGGUCAGAUUUGCCCUCCCUUGAGCUUGGCUGCACCCAGCACAGAAAUGAAAGAAGCUCUUACCAAGAUGUCCAUGUCUCUAUGCAUGAGGGACAAGGAUCUUCCUGUACACCAAAAAAGUCAUCUCCAGAAACUGUGUGGAACCACAAUGAAGUAAACUUUAAUGAAGAAAUCUCUAUAGAGGUGAGACCCGGUUCUUCUAUGCCAGACCUGUCCUCUCCUCAGUAUAUACGAAACCAGCAUGGCAAUGAAGGAAACUCAUCCCUAGAUGUCUCUAUGGAUGUGGAAGAAAGAUCUUCCUCUGAGUCAGACCAGCCCUCUUCUGAGCCUCCCACCACACACCACAGCAAUCAAGGCAAUCCCACCUGUGAGGGACCCCAAGAAAGAGUGCCUGGAUUUUCCAAACCAUACCAAUGUGAGGAUUGUCCAAAGACCUUUAGAUAUUUCUCCCGUUUCACUGCCCACCAAAGAAGACAUAAGAAUGAGAGGCCAUUUGUUUGUGCCGAGUGUAAGAAAGGGUUCUUCCAGAAAUCAGAUCUACGGGUGCAUCAGAUGAUUCAUAAGAAAGAGAAGCCAUUUACUUGUACCACAUGUGAAAUAUCCUUUACACACAAAACCAACCUGCGGGCUCACCAGAGAAUACAUACAGGAGAGAAGCCCUAUAAGUGCCCCUUUUGUAAAAGAAGCUUUCGCCAGUCUUCCACAUAUUAUCGUCACAAGAAAAUGCAUGAGAAAUCUGGAUUGCAAAAUGUUCCCUCCACAUCAGAAUCUUCCCCUGCAGCCACGGAGACUGUAAUGGACACGAAUCCAUAUCGAGAUAAUUGUUUGCAUAGCAUUAUCCAGUGA